AAAACCGGAAGUGUCUGCCCCACGUGUUUUCAAGUUGUGUAUCCGAAAAUGAUGUGACUGGAUAUUGUUUCUGUAUUCGUGGAAGUUACAAAGUUCAUUUGUAACUAUGAAUGUAUUAAAAUCGAACUUAUCUAUUGUGAGUAAAUACGAAGCAUUCUACACUGGUGGUCGUAUACAGGUGAGCAAUGACGGCAAGCACCUGUUCUGUCCCUGUAACACCAAGAUAACAAUACUGGAAACAGACACAGGCAAAGUUGUCAAAACAAUUGGACUGGAUGAAGAUGAAGAACUCUCCAGCUUCUGUGUAUCACCUGAUGAUAAGCAUCUGAUCCUGGCUACACGGACACUGCUGCUGAGGCAGUGGGACUGGCAGGCUGGGACACUCACCAGGACGUGGAGGGCUGUCCACACUACCCCUGUGUCCUGCAUGGUGUUUGACGGGACGUCCACUCUGCUGGCUACUGGGGGCAGUGAUGCCACCAUCAAGGUGUGGGACAUCGUGGAGCAGUACUGCACUCACAACUUCAAGGGCCACCAGGGAGUGAUCAGUGUGAUGGCAUUCCGACCGGAGUCUUCCAAUAUCCAGCUGGUCUCGGCUGCUGAUGACUAUAAGGUCCGUGUGUGGGAUCUGGUGACUAGUGCCUGUGUUGCCACCAUGGACGUCCACUACAGCCUUGUCACCAGCCUCGUCUUCUCCCCUGACGGCACAGCCAUGUACAGUGGUGGCCGUGACAGCGUGGUUGUCGUGUGGGACAUGGAGAAGUUGGCAGUCAGGAGGACGCUGCCAGUGUUCGAGAGUGUGGAGUCGGUGAUGCUUCUACGGGAUGAUUGUGACUACAGUGACCUUGACCUACCAUCUCCAGACUGUCCGCAUGUCCUUGUAGCCAGCAGUAAAGGCAAGAUACGUGUCAUCAACACUCUGACAGGAGGGUGUGUUCACAAGAAGAAUGCCAUCACUGCUGCUGCUGUGGAUGAAGAAGACAGUGAGCAGGUGGUCACUCAGGCCAUACACUGCCCAGCCAUCAACUCUGUGGUCAUCGUCACAUACGACCACAACAUCAUCUUCUAUGAUGAGCAAAACCUCUCAGUCUCCAAACAACUGUCUGGCAGUGCUGAUGAGGUGCUGGAUGUACAGUUUGUGGGCGAGGAUGACACACACCUGGUUGUGGUCAGCAACAGUGCCAAGCUGAAGGUGUUCAAUGUGAGCACGUGGGGAUGUCAGAUUGUGGAGGGGCACUCGGACAUCGUGCUGGGUGUAGCUGUGUAUGCUAAAACAGGCCUUGUGGCUACUUGCUCCAAGGACUCGACGGUGAGACUGUGGAUGUUUCUGCCAGAGACUGGGAGUCUGUCCUGUGUUGGUGUCUGUCAUGGCCAUGUACAGGCUGUCAGCUCUGUCGCCUUCUCCAGAAAAUCCCCAUCAUUCAUAGUGAGUGGUGGUCGAGACAGCACUCUGAAGUUGUGGUCAAUAGAAUCUGCCUCCAGCACUGAUGGUCUGACGGAACUGACCUGUCGGGCCACAGAGCGGGGACAUGAGAAGGACAUCAACUGUGUAACUGUUGCACCAAAUGACAAGUUCAUUGCCACAGGCUCACAGGAUAAGACGGCAAAGCUCUGGAAAGCUUCCAAUCUGUCUUUAGCAGGGGUAUUCCGAGGGCACUCCCGGGGUGUGUGGUGUGUCCAGUUCUCACCUGUAGACCAGUGUCUGGCCACCAGCUCUACCGACGGCAGCGUCCGCAUCUGGAGUCUUUCCGACCUGUCUUGUCUCAAGACAUUUGAAGGCCAUGAUGCAUCCGUGCUGAAGGUGAUGUUCAUCUCCAGAGGCAUGCAGCUGCUGUCAGUAGGGUCUGAUGGCCUGCUCAAGCUGUGGACCAUCAAGACGAAUGACUGUGUGAAGACAUUCGAUGAGCAUGAUGCCAAAGUCUGGUGUGUGGCCUGUAGCCAGGAUGAGGAGAGAGUUGUCACGGCAGAUGCAGAGUCCACCAUUAUCUUGUGGAAGGAUGUGUCCGAGCAGGAAGGUGAGGAAAUCCUCCUGCAGCAAGAACAACAAGUACUGCAACAACAGGAGUUAUCUAACUUGAUACACGAGAAACGGUACCUGAAAGCCAUCGGACUGGCCAUCACGCUGGAGCAGCCGUACCGAGCUCUGACUGUCAUGAAGGAAAUUCUGUUCGACGUUGAUGGUCAUAAAAAACUGGAGGAGGCCUUGUCCAAACUGCGUCCUGAUCAGAUAGAUGCCAUCCUCCGGUUCAGCGUUGCAUGGAACACCAACAGUAAACACUGUCACAUCGCACAGCUUCUUCUCCGAGUAGUCCUGCAGACCCUCUCACCUGCUGACAUCGGCGACCUCCCCAACAUCCGCUCAACCGUGGAGGGACUGCUGCCAUAUACAGAGCGACAUUUCCAGCGACUCACUCGGCUGUACCAGCAGUCCCGCUUCAUCGAGUACACCUGGCAGUGUAGCCGCACCGUCGGAGCCACCACCUCCACUAGUGCACUCGGUUCACAGCCUGAAGCUUUGGGAGAAGAUGUACUUUCUCAAAAGAAAGUUACAACACUCAGGAAUACAAGGAAUAGAUCAAGGUCAAACUCAGGUUCAAGGUCAGUCUCGGAAUCAGACUCAGAAACUGAAAUGACGGAAAGCAGAGCUGAUGUGACAGAAAUGUUGUCUGCCGGUGAUGGCAAGGCUGAGCCUGUCCAGGGAACAAAGGCUGGGUCGAGUGGAGGCAAGAAGAGAUCACUCUCAGCAGGACAGGUGUGCCAGGAGGAUUCCCCCAAGUAGUAGGAAGAAGAUGAAGAAGAAAAGUUCCAAGGAGGGAUCUUUGAGUGUUCAGACUGACUUGGGGGUUACUGUCAGUGAUUCCCCAAGGGGCAGGAAGAAGAAGAAGAAGAAUAGUUCCAAGAAGGGUUCUUUGAGUGUACAGACAGACUCAGGAGUUUCUGUCUCUGAGUCACCAGGCAGCAAGAAGAAGAUGAAGAAAAGUUCAAAUGGACAGCAACGCAAGCAGAAACAGCUGGGCUGACAUAUGAUGGUGUGUGUAGAAGGGGUGCAAGUGAAGGGUGAAUGUUGAGUGUAUCUUGAAAGUGAGUGAGGUAGCAGGGGCAGAUACAGCUUUUUGAGAAAGGGGGGUGCACACUAUUGAGAAAAGGAUGGGUGCACACAUCAUUUAACAAACUUUCAGCACAAAAGGGGGGUGCGCACCCCUGCACCCCUCCUCUGGAUCCCCCCUAUGGGUAGCCUGUAAAUAUGCAGGUAUGAAUACUGUGUAAUAAAUGCUGCAUCUACUGUAAUAAACAUGACAUUGAAUCCA